UGAUGAAAAGUGAGAAAAUCUUACCAAACUAUAAGAUCGAUUAUGAGUAUCCAUGCUUGAAUCUCCAACCAAGAUGACGCAAAUGCUUCAAUAAAAAUACAUCUUUAUAUGGUUCAAAUUAUGUUAGAUGAAAAUCAAUCAAACAAAAUUUUACAUAUUCCAUCUUUUAUUAAUAUCGGAUGACCAUGAUGAUUUUGUAAUCGAUUCAUUGUAUGUUUUUCUAGACAAAAGAUUAAUCGUCUUAGCUUAAUCGAUACAUCCGAAAUAUGUACAAAUUAAUCAAGGUGUGAAAUUGUUUUUUUCGUUUGUAUUGUCCAACAUUGUUGUCGUAUUCUAUUAUGCCAUCCACGAUUUGUAAAUCUUUUUCAUUUUUAUUUCAUCACAAGGAAAAUUUCCUCUGUGUACAUUGAAUUCAAAAGAACCAAAUUUUUUUUUCAAGUUAGAGAGACAAUAUUUAGUAGUUGAUGCAUUCAUAUAAAAACAUUUGCGCCAAUAUUAUUCAUUUUUUGAUGACAUUUAUUCAUUUGAAUAAAUCUUAAACGGCAUUCGUUUUUUUUCUGAACAACGAAUCGCAAUGGCCAACGAUAGUAUCAACAAUAAUGUGUCAUCAUUUUUAUCGGUCAACCUAACCAGAUUUAAUGAUUUGGUCUAUGGUUGGCAAAAUGAUUCAAUAAUCGAUCAAUAUGAUGAGCAACAAUUACAAUCAUCGAUGAUCAAUGAUGAAUGUCCGUUUUAUCCUCCUUAUUGGCUUGUUGUAUUGAUAGCCUUAUCUUUGGUAAUUUUUUUAAUGGUGCUAGCUCGAUUUAUGCAAACAAUCUAUACGUGGUUUAUUAGUCCAUUGAUAUUUGGUGAUAUGGUCGAAUGGCAUGGUGGUCCAAAUAGUUGGGCAAUCAUAACAGGAGCAACUGAUGGUCUUGGUUUAGCAUAUGCAAAAGCAAUGGCCGAAAAAGGUUAUUGUUUAUUGUUGUUGAGCCGUAAUCAACAAAAAUUGGAUAAAGUCAAAACCGAAAUCCUCAAACAAUUCACAUCAUGUACUGAUAUUCGGACGCUUGUCGUUGAUUUCACUCAAGGUCAUGAUUUAUAUGACUAUAUUGGCGAACAAAUACGAUCAUUGCCUGGUAAUGUUCAUGUUCUGAUCAACAAUGUUGGUAUGGCAUAUAAAUAUCCAGAAUAUUUUACGCGAAUAUUGGAUGGUGAUAAAUUUAUAACGAAUAUAAUGAACUGCAACAUGGUGUCCGUAGUUCGUAUGACAUAUCUGGUGCUGCCAUUGAUGGAAAAACAAAAAUCCGGCAUUGUAUUGAACAUUUCAUCAUUUUCAGCCCUUUUUCCAUCUCCAUUACUCACAUUAUAUUCGGCAACAAAAAUCUUUAUGGAUUAUUUCUCACGUGGUUUAUAUUGGGAAUAUCGCCAACACGGUGUCAUCAUUCAAUCGGUGGUACCAUAUUAUGUGACAACAAAUAUGAUUCGAAAUCCAGGUGUAUCAUUCAUGGUACCGAAUCCCGAUACAUUUGUUCGUUCAUCAUUGAAAACUGUUGGUCAUGAAAUUCGUACCUAUGGUUUCAUAUCACAUCGAAUUUUAGCAUUUGUACGUGAAUGGAAUCGAUUUUUUAUUGGCUUCAAUUUCAGUACACGAUUGGCAAUUCGUACGUUGAGUAAAGCAAGAAAAAGAUGUUAUCAACGUAAAGGUCUUGAUCAUCAUGUUUAACACUAAAAUGAUUAAUUUUUGCUCCAUCCAUUAACAUCGUAUCAUUUUGAAUUAUGCAUUUUUCUUUGUUUUUUUCCAUUUUGUAAAUUUAGUAAUGAAAGAAUAUGAUAUUUUUAUUCAAAUGAAAAUAUAUAAAUUUGAUUCGAAUUACAUGCACAUACUAAAUGUAUUUAAAAACAUCAAAAAUGAUUAGGAUAUGUGUAUGGAUAAAUUUUUCAAUCAAUUAGCCAUACAAUGAUCUGUGACAAAAAAAAAUUCAUUACAAUUCGUUAACUUUGGCAUGAGCUUGAUGAUUAUCAUAAUCAUCAAAAUCAUUUCUUUCUUUGUGUAUGUGUGUGUGUGUGUGUGUUGUGUGUUUUGCAAGAUAUGGAUGAUGAAAUACGAAAGCAAAAUGUCGAACAAGACAAAGAAAUUUCUGGUCAAUUCCAUCUUAAUGAUUGACGUGUGGAUUUUCAUUGAUUUUGAUAUUAAUUGUUGAUCAUCAUGUUAUCAAUUGGUUUAAA